ACAAGUUCGGGAAUGAUUGAAUUCCAUACUUUUACAAUAUUUCUCGCGUGCUUCAUUGACAUUUGGCAUUCUCAAAAUGAACAUUACCCAGAUAUGUCUUUUGUUGCUACAGCUCCUUGCUUAUGCAAUGGGAACCAUUUCCAAAAAGGGCUACAAGAGCUACAAAAAAAGUGCACCACUGACGGGGAAUUCUUUGAUGUUAACCACUGCGCCGUCGGCCUUCCGGUGCCUGACGUUAUGCGCCGGCUAUCAGCACACGUCCAGCGAGGUGUGUUACGCCGCUCGCUACAACGGCGGUACUAGCGAGUGUGAAAUGAUUUCCCACUCUGUCCCGGGAGAAGUGCAAUGGACGGCCGACAACCUAUGGAAAGUCUUUGUAGACCAGGACCCGGUGUUAUCAGGAUUCCCGACAGCACCAUACCAGACACUGCAAGCCACGGGACGCAACGCGUUACAGCUCGCGACAUUCAGCGUGUUUGACCCCGAGGAUGACAUUAACUGUCAGGUGGUCUCGGGAACAGCAGAAGCGACGAGUUUUGAAGUUAGAGCGGGCACGCCACCAGAAUUUCAGAUUUGGUUCAAGGGAACCCCACCUGCCAAUCUGAACUAUGACGUCAGGCGAUCUCAUGAUCUAACUAUAAUUUGUGACGACGGAAAAGAAUUCACGCAGAGUGAAACGUAUACUGUGGAACUUGGAUAUUGCAUGGCGAGUUGGACCAGGUUCCGAACGUCGUGCUACAGGGUGUUCACUUCUUGGGUCACUUGGUCUGGUGCAAAGAUCGCAUGCGCGCAGGACAACGCCCUUCUGGUUUCAAUCACUAGUGUUGAGGAAGAAAACUAUAUACAAGCUAUGGCCUUAAAGUAUAGUGCCUGGCUCGGAGCUUACAGGAAAGAAGACGGGUCGUGUGUAUGGGAUUCGGGAGAAUCGUUUUCUUAUCAGCGUUUUGUUGUCGGAUAUUCAUUCAGUGAAACGUAUUAUGGAUGCAUUAUCAAAGAAGCUUAUAAUAUUUAUUGGACUGAACAUGAAUGCUCAACCUUCAAUCAGUAUGUAUGUGAACAGCAGAUAUAACGAUCCUGUAUACUAGGCUCAGUGCGUUUUAAAACCGAAACGUUUUACGUUUGCACCAUAGUGUACGCCUUCUUCAUGAAGUAAUUACCAAAAAUAAUAACCAUAAAAGAAUUAUACCUAGAUUUCAACAGUAAAACUUUGUUUUACACUUUUGUUUGAAAAAUAAAUACAAGUUCUAAGGAAAAAAGGCAAAAAAGCUUUUUAAAAUAGCAUUAUAAGGAGAACUAUUACAAUAAGCCUGUUUUCGGGUUUUUCUAAGGUAAUACUUAUGAAAAAAUAAAGAAUUAAAACCAUUUAUAACUUCUUGAACGUGCAAUGAAAAUCCGUUUAUAAAAUGCGUAAAACCCCCAAUCUGGUCUCGUCAGCCGUGUAAUAAUGUCUGGAUGGGAGUGAUAAUUUAACAAAUUUUGAGGAAAUUUAAUAAUAAUUAUUAAGGGAGGAAAACAAAUGACAAAACGGAAUUUACUUUAUACAACAUUAGCAACUAAUGUUUGAAUGUAAAGGUUUGCGUUUUUAAAUGUACUGAGUUUAUCAUACUAUCCGUGUACUAUAUAAAAUAUUAACUGUUCCAUCGACAUAAUUUCUUCUUUUUAAUGUAUAUGAACAGGUUAAUGUGUGUACUUUAAACUCUAACAACGAAGCUAUUUCUCUGUAUGUCGACAAAGAUGAUGAACAAAUGUGUAUCUGAAUUUCAAGUGAGAUACAAUGGUUUGUGUCUGAAUCUCAAGUGAGA